GGCUGGGAGCUCCUUUUUUUUACGCUACUGCCCUAACCUCCCCUCCCGCGCCUUGAGCAGCUCUCCUGAGCCCCAGCGGCCCUGCUAUUGGUGGGGUGGCGCGGGGAGGUGAUGAAGGCAGCGAAGGCGAAAGCGGCACGUGACCGGAGCCCCGGUAGGGGCUGGAGCAGCGCGGCGAGUUCGAGUGCGCGCGCGCAUACGGAGGGGGGGGAGGGGCUGAGGAGGUCCAGCAGCAAUAGCAGCGAGAGCCGCGGCGGCGGCAGCUGCGGCACGUGCUGCCUGGGCCGAUUCGGAGUAGGUUAUAUCUUGAGGGUGCCGCUAUGGAGGAGGAAGACUGGGACGAGGAGAUCACAGAUGACAACAGGAGCAGCACUAGCGGCGGCGGAGGUGGCCGGAGUACUUUGCCCCACUUUCAGCCCAGCUUCGAAAAGCUGCUUGUCUACAGGAGCAAAUGAAACCUCAUGCAAUUUCAAUCAGAAUGCAACCCCCCCAGGGCGUGGUUCCACUGAAAAUGCAGCUCCUUGGGGUCGUACGUUUGGAGGUGUUGGUGGAAAACCAAAUGGAGAAGACAAACCAAUAGGUGGAUUUGGAAGUGGAAGGAGUUUUGGAAACCGAGCUACAUCUGGAAAUAGAUUUGAAGAAAGGAAGUUUCCAAGCUUUGAGAGAGAAGUCGUUGAUGAUGGUGAUCAAGAAAGCCAGUCAAACAGAGGAGUUCCUAGGAGAGGAGGAAUGAGUGCUGGUGGCAAUAGGGGUGGAAGAGGAUCUGGCAGAGGAGGAUUUGGGCGAUUUGGAAAUGAUGAAAAUGAGAAGCAAGAUAGAAGACAGACUUUUGGUGGAUUUGGUUCUAAAAGAGGAGGGUUUGGUGCUUCAACUCGUGACUCUGAAAAUAGAGGCAGAGGAGGCAGAGGUGGCUACAAAGGAAGCAACGAAGAAGUAAUUGGAGGUUUUGGAAGAGGUAUGAGGAAAUCGGAUGGUGAUUCAGAAGCAGGUGAUGGUGCUGGUCCAAAGGUGACAUACGUACCACCACCACCACCAGAAGAAGAAGAAGCCAUCUUUGCACAUUACCAGACAGGGAUAAACUUUGACAAAUAUGAUAACAUUCUUGUGGAAGUUUCAGGACAUGACCCCCCACCAGCGAUACUGACCUUUGAAGAAGCUAAUCUAUGUCCAACAUUAAUGAAGAACAUUGCUAGAACUGGGUAUCUUAAACUUACUCCAGUGCAGAAAUACAGCAUUCCUAUUAUAAUGGCAGGACGUGAUUUAAUGGCAUGUGCCCAGACAGGAUCUGGGAAAACAGCAGCUUUUCUUAUACCAAUUUUGGCUCAUAUGAUGCGUGAUGGAGUUACUGCCAGUCAAUUUGAACAACAGCAACAACCAGAAUGUAUAAUUGUAGCUCCAACUAGAGAACUGAUAAACCAGAUCUUUCUGGAAUCAAGAAAAUUUGCACAUGGAACUUGUAUAAGACCAGUUGUGACUUAUGGAGGAACACAAACAGGUUAUUCACUUCGUCAGAUAAUGCAAGGUUGUAAUAUAUUGUGUGCUACCCCUGGAAGGCUUUUGGAUUUCAUAGGCAGAGAAAAGAUUGGGCUGAGCAAGCUACAAUAUUUGGUGUUAGAUGAAGCUGAUCGUAUGCUGGAUAUGGGAUUUGGCCCAGAUAUGAAGAAAUUAAUUUCAUCUCCAGGCAUGCCACCAAAGGAAAAACGCCAAACACUAAUGUUUAGUGCCACUUUUCCCGAAGAAAUCCAGAGGCUAGCUGGAGAAUUCUUGAAGGCAGAGUACUUAUUUGUUGUUGUUGGACAAGUAGGUGGAGCCUGCAGUGAUGUUCAGCAGACAAUACUUAAAGUGAAUCAGUAUGACAAGAGAGAGAAGCUUGUUGAGAUUCUCAACGGCACAGGUGAUAAGCGAACCAUGGUGUUUGUGGAAACUAAGAAAAAAGCAGACUUUAUUGCAACCUUCCUUUGCCAAGAAAACAUAGCAACAACAAGUAUUCAUGGUGAUCGGGAACAGAGAGAGCGAGAAGAAGCUCUUUAUUAUUUUCGUUCUGGAAAAUGCCCUGUUCUUGUUGCUACAUCAGUGGCAGCAAGAGGUCUGGAUAUUGAAAAUGUUCAACAUGUCAUAAAUUUGGAUCUUCCUUCCACAAUUGAUGAAUAUGUUCAUAGGAUUGGACGAACUGGGCGUUGUGGUAAUAUUGGCAAAGCAACUUCUUUCUUUGAUCCUACUUCAGACAGUCCUAUUGCACAGCCUCUAGUCAAAGUGCUUGCAGAUGCUCAGCAAGAAGUGCCAGUGUGGCUAGAAGAGAUUGCUUGUACUUCUGGUGGAAUUGGUUUUAGCAGUCCAAGAGGAAACAUGUUUGCAUCUGUUGACUCUCGAAAGGUUUACCAUGGCAAAGAGAAUCACCACAGCGGAGGAGGUGGAGGAUUUGCAGCAUCAAAUAUAAGUGCACCGGAUGAGUCAUGGGAUUGAGGCUACCAUCUGUCAUGGAACAACAUUCUUAAUUUACCAUGCUAAAUCUUCCAAACAAGAUGGUUAUGUGUGAAACUGGCUGGUUUCUAAACACAUUUAUUUGAUUAAAUCCCUGUGAUUUCAGUGCGACUUGCUUCCAAGUAAAUGUGCUUAGGAUUGUAACUUUAAAAUGUUUGAGAAAUUGUUAAUGUUCUGCCCCCUGUUGUUCAGGAAAGGUGAUUGGGAUAAACAUACAGAAGUUUAAUUUGUUUUUGAAUUACUUCUUUUGCUGGUCUGUUCAAUGGUUGUGUGAAAUAACACUAGUUUGCCACAAGGAACUGUUGUAAAUUAUUGUAAAAAGACUUAAUAAAAACUUAGGAUCAUGUUUUGUGCGUUAUAGAACACACUACAUAAUAAUCACACUGCCCUGUGCUUUUUGACAUGCAAUAAUCACACUGCCCUGUGCUUUUUGACAUUAAGGGAAGGAGAAAGUUUAACACUUCCUGCUUUUCCCUAAUUCCCUCAAAUCAAAAAUAGUACCAUCAUGGCUUUUAUGAUGGUUACAAAUUGACUGCAAACAAUAUUCAUGAUCAAAGUGGACUUUUGUGCAUUGGUGUGAAUGUUGGCAAUGCACCCUGUAUUUUCUGUUCUCCCCUGCUGCACAGUGUUCUUUUCCCCCUCUUACAUUGAAAGUACAUUGGAAUUAAAUCUUUCAUCUAGUACUGUACACAACUGCAGCCUGCUACAGUGCAGGAGUUUCCUUUUGAUGACAUUGCAGAUACACAUCACCCUGUUUCCUUAGCAGAUUGAAC